CAAUUAUCAUCCUCAAAACCUUCUCCUCUUUUCCAUCUCCCACUCUUCUUUGAGUGCUGUCUGUUUUUCAUAUUUGCUUUGGAACGUUAGAAAGCAAUGGGUCUUGCUGCAAAGAUGACAUUGGAAAUGGAGAUCAAAUCCCCUGUUAAAGAGUUCUUUCAUGGCAUGGUAGACCAUGCAAUCCUCUUCUCUAAGGCUCUCCCUGAUGGUCUCCAUAAAUCCGAAGUACAUGAAGGAGAUGGAAAAAGUCCUGGCUCCAUCAAUUCUUUUUCCUAUGUCUUAGAGGAGGAUACAGCUUUGACCGCGAAAUCUAGGGUGGAAGCCAUAGAUGAAGAAAACAAGUCACUCAAAUUUGAAGCAUUUGAUGGACAUGUUGGGGAGUUUUAUAGCAAGUUCAAGGUUCAUGUGCAAAUCUUUACAAAGGAUGACAAGAACUUUGUGAACUACACCUUGGAAUAUGAAAAGCUAAUUGAGGAGGUCCCUGAACCGAUCAAUUAUAUGGGCCUUGUAGCCAAGUUCAAUAAGGGGUUGGAUGCCCACCUUGUUCAAGCUUAGAAGCAUUAGUGGUACUUGUGGGAAUUAAAACCCCAAUGCUUGGUUUAUUGGUCAUUGUUGCUUGGUUAUGAUUGCAAAUAAAACCCUAAUGCUUGGCAUAUUGGUGAUGUUUCUUGUUUAUUAGAACCUAUUUUGAAGUCUGUAUCAUGGUGGUAUUUGUUUUGUUACCUCUACAUGUAUGGUUUUGUAAUGGUCUCAAUAUUAUAAUAAAUAACAUGCAGCCUCCAUGGACUUU